AUGGCGACUGUAGCACAAGCCGCUGACAAUGGCCCCUCUAUCAAAGAGCUGAAGCUGAAAGGGGAGGAUAAACCAAAAGAAGAGGCCAUGCUGAACGGGGUCUGCCAUCCUGAAGAACCGAUCGUUGAAGAAUACGAAGGCGAACAAGAUGGCGAAGGUGAUGACGGCGAGGAUAGUGACGGCUACGACGUAGAGGAAGAGCAGCAGGCUCCUGAAGGGGAAGAUGACGAAUAUGGUGACGUCGAAGGGUCGGGCAAUGACCAGAAUUACAGCCAGCAAAAGGGUCACGAGGGUAGCCUCACUGCGCUUCUCUUGGGCGACCCGACAGUGGAAGAAGUCGAACAAGACGACGACUACGAAGAUACCGGAGACGACGAAGAUGAAGAGGAUGAAGACGACGACGAUUACGUCUCGGAACCGGACAGCCCUACCACCGCUAAGAAGCGUACCAUCGACGAGGUCCUGGAAGAGACGGCCUCCCCUCGUGGAGAGAACGAAGCGAAGAAAGUCAAGGCUUGA